AUGUCCAGGAUGACGACCAGGAACGAGGGAGUCCGCGUCAGUGAUAAUGCUGCUGGUGUUCCCUUGGACAAAAUCAAGGAGGUGCCGGUGGUUGUUGAUCCUUCAGCUACUUCGGCUGUUAAGCGUACGGCUGACUUGUUUACGGAAGCAGACAAGGAAGCCCUCCAGCCUGAAGGGUCGACACAUGAAGUAAAGGAGGCAGCUCGCGACUUGAUCAGUGAUAGCAGUGGUGGAAAGCUGCCGACAGAGGACAAUGGUGCUAAGGCUGAUGCUACCAGCGGUGGUCCUAGCAGUACUCUGCAAGCGGAGAAGGAUGCGGCGUCAAACAUUUUCUCAAAGGGUGCUGAAGAUGACGAGGACGACGGAUACCCCAGUGAUGAUCCAGAAGAACGCUACGAUGCGCAGGUGAAGAGUGAAGUCGCGCAGCGGAUUCGCUUCGCUAUCGUCCUGCUGAUUCCGAUCGCCUUCAAGCCGGAGACCACGCGUGUGCAGGCGACGCUUCGCGCGCUCUUCAAUCGGAUUAACCUGGACUGGCAACACCCGGUGGACCCGGCUUACGUGAAGGCACGUGCGGCUGAUCCGCUGCUGGUUGAGGUUCUGUUCAAGGGAGUGGAUGCAGUGAUUACACCGGAAAUGCUCUGUGAUAUGCUGGUGACGGUGAAGCUGGAGAAGCGUGGCCGAUCGGCUUUCAAAGAAGGGAGCUGUUUCCACCGUGUGGUGAAUCCUGUUACAGGGAUGGACACCGACAAGCCGCCUCAGUCAGGAUCACAGAUCUGA